CCCAUGGUGACUGCAAGCUCCAGUGCUGUGUGUCAGUAGGAGGCAGACUGAGGACCGCUCUCACUGAACUGACCGCUCGACUGAAUCACUUCUUCAAAAUGAACUUUAUUACCGCGUUACUGGACAGAAUAUUAAUCUCUACGGAUACUUUCAGACAUUACCACAUCAAACAGUGAUUAUAUCUGCCACGCGCAUGAUUUGUUGAAGUUGCCUCUCAGCUCAUAGACUGUAUAAGUCUGUGUUCAGCGUGUCGUCAGCUGUGUUGUUGAGAAGCAGUCUGUUUGCUCGCGUGUGUUCAAGUUUUUCAUUUAAUAGUUUUUCUUCAAUCAAAACCUCGCCAUGAUACCCGAAUGCCCACGCGCCGGGGACUCGAGAAGCCGGACCCGCUUACAGCACAAUACCGCUCCAGAACCGAACCAGGACCGGGGCGGCAGCGGCUUGUUGUCCGAAAUUAAAACCACAAUCAAGAGCGAACCUUUCACUGAGCACUACACCAUCAUCCCGGGGAAAGAACUCGGAAGGGGAAAGUUUGCCGUGGUCAGAAAGUGUGUGGAGAAAUGCACAGGCAACGAGUAUGCUGCAAAAUUCAUGAGGAAGAGACGGAAAGGCCAAGACUGCCGGAUGGAGAUCAUCCAUGAGAUUGCUGUGCUUGAAUUGGCAACAUCCAGCUCCAGAGUGGUCAACCUCCACCAGGUCUAUGAAAUGGCGUCUGAGAUGGUGCUGGUUCUGGAGUUUGCUGCAGGAGGGGAGAUUUUCAACCAGUGUGUGGCAGAGCGGGAGGACGAGGCCUUCAGUGAGGACGACGUGAAGAGGCUGAUGAGGCAGAUUCUGGAGGGAGUCUCCUUCCUCCACCAGAACAACGUAGUCCACCUCGACCUAAAGCCUCAGAACAUCCUCCUGACCAGCAGCUCUCCUCUGGGUGACAUCAAGAUCGUGGACUUUGGUCUGUCCAGGAUGGUCAGCAAUCACCGGGAGCUCAGGGAGAUUAUGGGAACUCCUGAGUAUGUUGCUCCUGAGAUUCUGAAUUAUGAGCCCAUCAGCACAGCGACAGAUAUGUGGAGUAUUGGUGUCCUGGCCUACGUGAUGCUGACAGGAAUCUCUCCAUUCCUGGGUGAAGACAAGCAGGAAACUUUCCUCAACAUUUCCCAGCUCAACGUGAGCUACACCGAGGAGGAGCUGCAGCAGCUGGACCAGGCCGCCCUGCCCUUCAUGCAGAUGCUGCUCCGCAAACAGCCACAGGAUCGGGCCACAGCAGAGCAGUGUCUCAAACACCCCUGGCUUCAGUCCUUAGAGUGCAAGGUAACCAAGAGGGUGGAGGACAUCCUCCCACUUGAGGACCAGGAGGCAUCCAGCAGCAGCCCCACCAGCAGCUCCACCAGCAGCCCCGAACCUCCCAGCUGCAACACCACAGAGGAGGAGGAUGAGGAAGGCCCGGUGACGGAGGAGCUGAUAGUCGUUGCUGCUUACACCGUUGGUCAGUGCCGCCAGUCCACCUCCUCCUCAGAGAAAGAGGCGCUAGCUGCUCAGCAGAAGGUCAUCUCCAAGCGCUUCAAGUUUGAGGAGCCUUUCAGCGCCCUGCAGGAGGUCCCUGGAGAGUUCAUCUUCUGAGCCUCACCCACCACGUGACCGGGGACGGAGGAGUGCAUACUGUAUGUGUAUAAUCAGACACAGCUGUACAGUACAUGUGCUAUAUUUAAGCAUUCAAAUAAAGUGCAUUUAUGGGCACACACUCACAUUUCAUCUGUAAAUGCAUCAUUGCUUCGACACUCUCGUCUCCUUAAAACAGCCGCAGCACGUCAUGUCCCUUGUAUUUCGCAUUCAUUGUGCUUAUGUUUGUUUAUUUCCACACACAACAACUGGCCAAUCACAGACUGACAUACUUCACAUCUCCAGACACUAAAGUCAAGUUUGGAAACUUCAACUUUUUGUGUUGAAGAGUGUUUUUCUUUUUUGAUGAAGUCUAAAUGAUCCAACAGUAAGACAUCCACCAGAGAAGCGGAGGAGAGGCUGAGGCUAAAUCCAUACAUCUUAAUGGCCUUCAAAUCAACAGGGCUACAUGAGAAAUGCAUCAUGGGACAACUUAGUGAUACAAUCCUUGUGAAAAAAAUGAUCUUGAAUGAAUUCAAAAUGUAUGAAUUCACAAAUGUUGUGCAAUGUUAAACCUAAAUUAGUAUGUACAAAAAGAAAUCAAAUAUGCACCAUUUUUUUCUUAAAGGUACAGUAUGCAUUGUUUUUUAAAAUCAGUGUAUAAUCACCUGUAUGUAAAAACUGUUUUGUUUUUGUUCACGUAGAAUGAGCUUUUUACAACGGAAGCAUGUCCCCUUCCACGUUGGCUGCUAUAUUUCACCGCCAUUGUUGUUGUACGCAGAAUAAUUGUAUUCAUGGACGUUUUCGAUGUUAGAAACUGGACAAAUGGAGGAUCAUACCUCUCAUGCAUCACAGGAGCUUCUUGUCCUUGAAGGCUACCACUGCUUCCCUGGCAGAAGGGGUGAGCAAGGGAGCGCUUCAAUUUAGAAUCUGACUGCUAGAUAUCGUGAAAUAUUUCAAUUUUUACACACUGUACCUUUAGAUAAAUACAACUGACCAUCCUGAUUAAUCACUCUGCCUUUGGUCCUAAAUGUAAUACAGCAUUGGGACUUAUAAUAACAUCUGUUAUGAUUUGAUUGGAUGGCAGAAGGGUCAGGUGAACAUGACAAUCUGUCCCCUGCCACAGAUAACAGAUAUGUUCGUCUUGUCUGCUCGCUGUAUUGUCCUGUAGAGUGUGCCAGGUCAUAAUCUCUCCACAGGAUGUCCACAUUGUGUAAAUAGCUCUCCCACAGCUCCAGUCGUCAUAUCUGUGCAUGUGUUCUGAUGACUGCAGGGCUUGAUUUGCAGUUUGGGCUGUUUGUUGCACUUAUUUCUAAACAUUUUGACUUCUCUUGAUUUUUUUCCUCCACCUGAUGUUUGAAUCCAGAAGCCAAAUCUCUGUCCAUUUCUGUCCAUUUCCUUGUCCAGGCUGCUCUCCUCUGAACUGAACCAGCUCCUGAAAGCCCAACCCUGUUUGUUUUUUUGUCUUACUUUGUAUUUGGUGCCAUGCUUGGAGAAAAUAUUUGAAGAUUUUUAGCUCUUGCUGUUCAUUUUUUUUCAAGAUAUUUCUGUGUAAUAUUGCAGAUCUGUCAAAAGCAAUAUUUUGGAGUUUUGUAAUUCUGUGUAAAUAAUUAAAAUAUAGAUGUUUUGAAAAAAUAUGGUCUUGUGUAAAGAGCCAUUUCAAAUAUUCCUCUUACAUUAGUGAGUGACCUUCUUGUGGUUCAUCUCUCUCUCUCUCUCUCUCUGAAGCAAUAAAACAACAGAGCACUUCUUCUACUUCCAGUGGGCUUGUAAUGUACAUUUUUUGUUUAUGAAGAAAUAAGCUCUGUUCAUAUGGGAACUGAUUUGUACAUGGCUGUCUCCUACUGUAAAUAAAUAUUUCAAAAGUG